CGUUUACUUUGUGGACAACCCCCAAAUCGCCGCGGUUGAGGGCGCCUCGAGACAGAAUCGAGUCUUCACGUGCUGCAGCGCGAGACGAGCAAACUUAAAAUUACGCCGUUUUUUUUUUUUUUCUUCGAACUAUGCACAAAUCCGAUCGAUUUCUGAAAUGAGUGUUCAAGUGAAUUUGAAGGCGUUGGGUGUGUACAAGAGAUCCGAGCCGCAGAGGGAAGCCAGGUCUUCAGAGAAUGUCAUCAAUCCUUUUAGCUUUCCCAAAUCCAGAGUUUCCCUUUGGGAUGCCACUCCGAAUGGGGACGUGGUCAGCCUUCAUCUCUCGUAUUAUCGAAACCCUAGGCUGGUUCUGGUGGAGAAAGCCCUACGUUUAGCUUAUCGUCAGGCUCGACAAAGUAACAAGCCGCUAUUUUCCUGUUUCCUGCUUGGCACUCUGACCGUGGAUGAUGAUGAGGAGGGAGUGACGCUGACGUUGGAUCGGUUCGACCCAGGUCGGGAGCAGCAGGACUCUUCUACAAAGAUGCCAACAGUCCUGUUGCCGGGGGACUUCAUUGUGCCGUGUACGAUCAGCACUCAGGGUGUAGCAUCUUCAGAUCUUGUGGUGCACUCUGCAGAUAAUUUCAACAUAGCAUUUAAGAUGCUCCAGCACUCCUGCUGUAGUAGAGAUGCAGUAGACCUUUCUAAUCUUCUCAUAUUGCGGGCCCAUCUGAGCUGCUUGGAGCAACUGGACAGCCUGUCUUUCAACGUCCGCUGGGUUGCCAUCACAGUGGCCAACACACUGGAUAUAGUCCCUGUGAGAAAGGUGCCCAUCAUCCCUACUGCUCUGGCCAGGAAUCUCAGCAGCCCAGCCAGUAUGGCUCAGCCAAUAAACAGCAGUAACAGGAAACAGGGAUUUCUUACCAUGGAUCAGACCCGCAAACUACUUCUGUUAAUCGAGUCUGACCCAAAGGCGUACACUUUGCCUCUUGUGGGAGUAUGGCUGAGUGGAAUCACUCACAUUCACAGUCCCCAGGUGUGGGCCUGGUGUCUGAGGUACCUGUACAGCUCCUCCCUUCAGGACAAAGUGAUGUCUGAAGACGGCGCAUUCCUGGUGAUCCUUUACUCAACGACCCACAGAGAGCCAGAGUUUUAUCAGUGCCAGCCUUGUAGUGGGCAGCAGGAGAUGGCUUUCCAGCUGCUCACCAGCGCAGAGUCUCUGAAUCUGUACAAGAACUUGGAGAUAUCGGAGGGGCGCCCCUUACAGUUUGAGCUUAGUCCUGAAAGCCAGAACCAUGAGAUGGAAUUCUUCAGGACAGUGGCAUCAAGAGUGUCCUUUUCCAGGAUUGAAGAUACAUUAGAUAUAGCAUCUCCUCAAAAUAAACUCUCGAUCAGCGAUCAUGACUCAGGGGUGGAAGAUGAUCUCUCUCCUAGGCCAUCUCCUAGCCCUCAUCCCCUCAGUCUGCAGACACGGAAGAUCCACCCUUCAGUGCCAGAGCUUUCUUUAGUACUAGAUAGCAGUUUUCUGAAUGAUAGGAAGGUGACAACACAUGAACUUUCCCCUCCUCAGUGUCAGACUAUUCCCCCUGUUCUGCAGCAGAGGGUCUGUGGCCCCACCCACCAAAUCUGUUGUGAUUCUAGACCACCUACCCAGGUCCCCUCACCAGGUGGACCCCUUCCUCCCAGGAGACCACCUACAGCUGUAGCUCUUCCUACAAAGGCCGCUAGCAGUCGACCCAAGCCCGGGCAGCAGUGCCAACAGCUACAGCCAGGCACAGGCAGGAAAUCUGCUUCACCUGCUGGAAGGAGAUCUUCCAGUGGAUCUGUAGCAUCACCAGCAAGCUCAGGGUUAUCCUCGUCAUCCUCAUCAUCAUCUACGCCAAAUUCUGGGUGUUCACCAAACGUAUCAACACAUUUUCCACGAGAGCCUGCGGCUCCAUUGGCUGCUUCACCCAGAGGUCUGUCACCUAUCAUUCCAUAUCUGCCUCACUCUUCCCAAGCCAUGCCCCCAACAUUAGGGCACCAGGGCCUACGGCACAGCUCAAGUUUACAAAGUCUCACACCCGUACACCCUCUUUAUCCCACUAAUUUCCACAGUACCCCUUCACCAAACCACAGCCCAGAUUGUGUAGGUUCUGCUUGCAAUUGCUGCCCUUACCAGCGUAGCCAUGCACCUGUUUGCCGUUCUAGUACUUGGAAAGGUGUGGCAAACUCCCCCUUGUUACCCCACGUGCCCUCUGGGAGUUCUGGCACUGCCUGCUGCACACCGUCUGAAAACAGCUCCUGUUGUGAUUGCUGCACAUCCCCAUCCCGUCGGGCCUUUGCCUGCCAGUCUUCUCCGCAUCACAGCCCCACAUGUGUUACUAACAAUACUGUUCAAAGGUCACCACCUCACAACAUCUGCUCCAUGGCUGUGGACCCUGGGACCCACAGUGGAUUGCCUGUGGAACAGGGUGCUAUCACCUGCCAGGCACCCUGCUGUCAGAAGUUUUCUUCUUACCCGUCACAUCCUGAAUCCUGUCUCACUACAACCAGUGGAUCAGGAAGCAUUCUGCCUGCUGAUACUUACAAAAUUUUGAUUGAUCAGAACCGUCAGCUGAAAGUCUUGCAAGCUCAGAUCCAGAAGCUCCUUGAGGUUCAGGGCAAUGUUGAGAAUCCUGCUUCAGCACCUUCCCAGGUCCCUCCAGUGAUGACAGAACACAAGGAAUGUGUUGCCACUCAGAAGAGCAUUGCCGUGAGCACAGGAGCCAGUUUGUUUUGGAAGCCCCCUGAAGAUGAGAAUUUAGCAGUGGCUCAGGGUUACUCUGAAGCAAAGGCAGAAUCAGGAUGUCCAACUUCCUCCUGCAAGGACAGUGCCUUUCAGCCUUCAGUCUGCACGGGUACAUCGUGUGGGUUUCAGCCUCCUGAGGACAGAGAGGAGGAUCAGCACAGAAUGGUCAACACAGAAACGCCAAAGUACCUGCCUUGUGUUGGGCCACAGGUGUUCCCAGGUUUACACAGUCCAGUCCUGGAUGAGAGCUCCAGCGGGUAUAGGCAGUCCCAGUCUCCAGUAAAAUCCGAAGAUUCACAGACUGUGCAAGGAUUUUAUCAAAGGCUGUUGGGCCAGGUGAACAGUCAUUUUCAGCACCCUCAAAGGGAAGAGGAGGACAUGGCACCAGAGCAGGCAGCACACAUUAUGUCCUGCUCAGAAAGACAGUGUCUUUCACCUGGGGGACUGGAAGCCCACAAGUCACCUCAUAAAUCUGCACUUAUCCAGCUCAAAGGGCAAAAGAAGGCCUUGAGGUAUGAUCAAACAGAUGAUGACCAAGUGCUGAAGGCCUCACUCAAACACCUGCAGCAGCUGGGAGCAAAGCUUGAGGUGGGCUCAACACCUGAGGUCAGAGCACAGUGCAGCAUGAUCGACAGUGGUAGCACAUUAGCCUGCAUUAACCCAGAGACACUGGUCCCAAAACUGGCCUUCUCUGAGUCUUUAGGAGCCAGUAUCUCUGGCCCCAGUGACAGUUUGGACCUCGCCACCAUCAAUCUGAAGUACCUAAGUGACUUGCAUCUUUCACAAUUGCUGGUGGAGGGCAUUGCCAAAGGGCCGCUCAAGGGUUCUGGAAUGGUGCCUUUGGGCAGUGACUCCACAGAAACACGUGCUCCUGAGCUGAGCAUUUUUUCUUCCAGCGACAUGUCCUUUGCCACCCGGAAGUUCUUGAAAAGGUUCGGACAUAUGGGAAGUGGCAGCAGGGAGGAAAAGCAGCAGACUGAGGUGCAUAAAGACCACCAGAGGAGGGCUGUGCAGCAGGACUCAGCCCUGGGGUGCUCAGCACAGACAGACAUUUCAGUGGAUCUCAGCAUGGAGUGUGAUGGCAAAGGAGGUGCCCAGAAGAACAUUAACCAUAAGGCUUUUUGCGGCCCUCCAUGCCAGAAUGUAUCUCCUCUUCAUUCCCAGAACCAACUGCUCCAAGACCUGAGGCCAAAGAUGCAACUCCUUGCUAAAAGCACUAAUAAGAAGUCUCAGAAGGAGAAUAUUGUUCCUGGAGGGGUGAGAGGGCAGCAGCUUGUACAAAUAACUCAACCAGAAGGGAGUUCUAUGGGGAACUUUUUGGAUCUCAGCCGUCUGCGACAGCUACCUAAACUCUUUUGAUACAAAUCUUAACUUCAAAACUGAUCACUUGAAGCAUUAAAUUGCUAUAUAUCUGGCAAUAUCCACAUUUUGUUUACAAUAAAUUUUGUGCAAUUUUUUUUAUGCUUAUGGAUUAUGGUAUGGCACCAUUCUUCCUCAGGAUUGUACAUGUUUUCCUAUAGCAAUUUUAUAUUGUUUUAAUAC